CGUCAAACCCACCCCACAUGACGUGCCUGACAGACGUCAUAUUUACGUUUUGCAAGUAUUUUCCUUGUCAACAAAAAUCGUCACCGGUGUCCAGUUUAUUCAGUUUUUGGAAAAUCGCUCAAAAUGAGUUGUCCAAUAAGCAAAGAAGCCCUUGUACAACUAAAACAAUUUAUUGACGUAUGCAAGUCGAAUGCUGCCAUUCUACACCUGCCAGAACUCAAGUUCUUCAAGGAGUUCAUUGAAGCACUAGGUGGUAAAAUUCCGGUCGCCCCCAGGAUGUCGGCUGGUCCCAAAGUGGAGGUCCCAGAAGAACCUGCCAAGCCUACCGAAGAGCCUGUAGAGUCUGACCCAGAGUCUGAGAUAGAGCUUGACAUGAGUGGAUGUGUCGAGCCUGAUAUGCUUGAUGAGAAUCAGAAAAUGGGAGACCCAAAUAAGGAGUGCACAGAUGAGGAUAGCGACAAGGCAGAUGAAAAACGAAUUGAGGCCAUGCAGCAACUUUCUGAAGGAAAUGUAGAAAAGGCUAUUGAACUUUUCACAGAAGCCAUCGAGUUCAAUCCACAUAGUGCCUUGCUAUUUGCUAAGAGAGGACAGGCUUACCUGAGGCUUACAAAACCUAAUGCUUGUAUUAAAGAUUGUACCAGAGCUUUGGAGAUCAACCCUGAUUCUGCAGCUGCAUAUAAAUUUAGGGGAAGAGCUUAUAGAUUACUAGGCGAAUGGGAGCUGGCCGCCAAAGACCUCCGUCAAGCAUGCAACAUUGACUUGGAUGAACAAACCGAUGAGUGGUUGAAGGAAGUUACCCCCAACGCGAAGAAAAUCGAGGAACACCUGCUGAAGAAAGAAAGGAGGAAGAAAGAGAAAGAGGAAAGGGAGAAAUUGGAGAGGUUAAGGAAAGCUAGAGAGGCGCAUGCGAAGGCCGCUGAGAAGCAAGAUGACGCGCCUGAUUUGGGAGGAGCCGGAGCAGGUGGGAUGCCCGGAGGGAUGCCUGGAAUGGGGGAUUUCUACAAACUGCUGCAGGACCCGGAAAUUAUGACUGCAUUUCAGGACCCGGAGGUAGCAGCCGCCUUCCAAGACAUCUCCACCAAUCCCUCGAACCUGGUAAAGUACACGUCGAACCCGAAAAUAAUGGCGCUGAUUACGAAACUGUCAGGCAAGUUCUCCGGAUCGGGCAUGAACUUUCCGGGGUUUCCCGGAGGAGCCGGCGGGGGAUUUCCCGGGUUCCCCGGGGGAUUCCCAAAGCCACCAUCAGGUGCUUCUGACCCGUCUGCGAAUGCUUCGCAUGAUGACGACAAUCUGGAUUAGGUUCAGAAGCAGGGCGAUGUGGAAGAGGUGUAAGAAAUUCUUUACAAGGCGGUAGUUAUUAUCGCAGUUCUUUAAGGUUGGUGAGUGGAUUGUUGUGGAAAUAAAAAAUUAUAGACAAAUUGUUCUUUUAUCCUUAUUGGCCUUGUACAACAAAAAUUUGGAGCGCUCACACAACAGUUUGAUGAGCAUAGACGAGGCAAAAACUUGGCAUUCGUGGAGGAAAUUUUCCGAUCCAUUUUUUCAUAAUUACAUUUUUUGGAAUGCUACUUAUCAUGAAUCAGAUUACCGGGUGGUCUUUUAAAUGUUUUUUUUUUUUUAGUAAAUUUUUUUUAGAUUAGGUUAAAUUACGUGUAAAUCCAUUGACCCUGGCGGAAUGUAGUAAAACGCAUCUGGCAGACUGAAAAAGUUGAUAAGGUGAUCUGAAAUAACAGGGAUUGUCAUACCUACAUAGUUUUAUUGGGUUUACUGAUUUUAUUCGUCAUUUUAUUGGUUCAUUUCGAUAAAUGAAUAGUUUAAACAUCCUGUGGCAUAUAGAACUGACAUCUUUGAGUAUUUUAAAACAUCCAUGAUAUGUAAUAAAAUAACCUUAUAGAUUUUUGUUGGUACUUUAAGGUGUUUUGGACGGAACUAGUGUAUUGAGCAAAAUAUCCGUGUUAUAAGAAGAAAAAAUACCAGCAAUAGUAUAACUAUGUCAAACUCCCUCAAGUCAGAUGCAUUUUCCAUUUACAUUCAUCGUAUCUUUGUAUAGAUUUUCUGUAUGAUAUUUUGUUUGGAAUCUAAACUUGAACAUAAUCUCUCAAAAUUUUAAGAGUUUCUCAUAUUAACCAAUCAACCUUAUUGAGCUGUGAAUUGUUAAGGCUGAUCUUGGAUAUUUUCGUACUGAUACUAUGUGGUGAGGUAUAUAUUAAUAAAAAUUAUUUUAGUGUAAAAGUUUAAUUUAGUUAAUAGAUACAUUGGUCUUUGUAAUGAAAUAUGAUACUAUUUUACACAGACUUUGUAUUAAAUGGUACCUUGCUCAGAAACUGGGGAUCAUUACCGUAUAAAUUGUUUUGCUGUCAUCAUCAUAGUUUGAUAAUAAUUUCUUUCAGAAUAGUGUUUUUUUUUGUUCGGUGUUCCGUCCGAUCAAAGUCCCCGAUGGCAUUGCAGUCUCUUGGUUUUAUUGCACUUUCUCGUCGAAUUUACAGUGCCGAAUCCAGCAGUCUAGUGUUCUGUGCCAGUUGGUACAGUUCCCCUGCCAGUGCUGUUCUAAACUCUCUGGUUUCUAGUUAUGGUUUCCCGAAGAGUUGAUCUCUCUUGUGAUCCUGCUAGGAGGCCUGUAACUACACUGAGUUGGUUUGUACUCAUUGAAGAUCCUUUUGUUAUUCUGCCUGAAAUGCAGGGGUGUGUCUUCCAAGUGGUAUACUAUGCCCAGGAUUACACCCAUUCCCUUAUAUGCCUACCAAGUAAUUUCCCCUUGCAGGUUGUGCCUUUGGUGUUCCGUUCGAUCUCCCAUUUUAGUUUCGUCCGAUCAAAGUCCCCUAGGGCACUGCAGCCUCUUGGAUUUAUUGGACCUUUCUCCUCGAAUUUACAGUGCCCCAUCUCGUAGUCUAGUGUUCUGUGCCAGUUGGUACAGUUUCCCUGCCGGUGCUGUUCUAAACUCUCUGGUUUCUAGUUAGGGUGUAUGGACAUGGUCUCGAGACAAAUUAUUUCACAUACCUUCUUGUGUUCAGAUCCUGUUGGCAUUUCUAAAUCAGUGGCAGAAGUCACUCUAUGACUUCUUUACGGCUUGACUGUGUGUCUUCCAAGUGGUAUACUAUGCCUAGGAUUACACCUAUUCCCAUAAUAUACAUGCCUUCAGCUGUUCGUUGCAUCUGUUAUAGACAAACAGGCAAGUCUUUUGGAAGCACGUUGUCUCAUCUUUGGCUACCACGCCAAAGAUGCAUAAGUUAUCAUGGGUCUUACCACAAUUAUGCACGUCCACAGUGUAUCAAUGGAAGGCUUAAUACCUAUGUUUUACCCUGAGAGCGUCUCGACAACAUUAAAGUAGACUCCGCUUUCAUUUUGAUCUGCUGGUUUCAGGUCAGUGUACUCGUACUUGACUUUCCCCAAAAGUUGUAACUGUACUCCCAAAGGCAUAGAGAUCCUAAUCCCUCUAAUUUCUUUCUUCAGGUGAAAGCAACUAUUCUACUGAUUGAGAAAUAUAUUGUUAGUGCCUAAUUAUUACAGUUUGCUACAUGAACAUCCGUCCGCUAAUAGGCAUGGUAGAAUGUUUUCCUAUAUAGGUGGCAUAUGAACUUUAAAUUUUUGUAUGCAUACCAUUUUGGUAUCAAAAGUUUCGAUCAGUUCUUUCAUUCCCACUUGAAUUUUCAGACAGUUUUGUCGGUUGAUCAUUUAUUGCAUGGUUUUGUGUAUAAUGGUAUCACUUAUGGAGGAUUGGAAUUACACUUACAGCUACACCUAGCUUUUUUAAGCUAACAUACUUCAGCAUAUUAUACGUAGUCGUGCCAUAAGUUCUGUCCCAUGAUAAUCUCAUGAUAAAAAUGAAACAAGAUAAGAUAUAUUUAUAUGAAAGAUAUUAUUUAUUCGACAACAUUUUUAGAAUUCAUAAUCAAACAGUUUUAUUCAAAAUGUCCCCCCUUGGCCUUCACACACUGCUUCAAUCUCGCGGGCCACUCAUCUAUCACUGCACGCACAGCUUCCAAAGGAAUAGCUGCCGCUGAUCGGAUCAAAUCCGCUUUCAGGGACUCGAUAUUACGGUGGGCUUUGGAGCAGGCCAACUGCUCUAGCAGGUCCCACAACUUGUAGUCUAAAGGAUUGAGGUCCGGACUCCCUGAGGGCCAAUCUUCCGCAGCAAUGAACUCUGGCACAUUGCUUUCCAGCCAGCGCUGCGUACUCUUAGCCUUGUGAGCGGGGACGGAAUCCUGCUGGUAGACCCAGUGUUGGUUGGCAAACAAUGUACCACUUAAAGGCUUGACGAUAGGAUCCAGUAUGUCGCUCUGAUAGUUUGCCGCUUUUGUUUUCACGCCCUGUUUACAGAAAUGGAGCUGAGUGACCCCUUCGUAGGACACCCCCCACCAAACCAUGACUGACGCAGGGUGGUGGCCUCUCUCAACUCUCGGAAUGAUCUCCGAAGCUUCCUGUGAACUCCUUGCAUACACUUUGUCAUUUUGUCGGUUGAAUUUUUCUUCUAUGGUGAAGAUUUUCUCAUCCGUGAACAAAAUCUUUCGGAAUCCCCCAGCUGCGUACCUCUCCAAGAGCUUCUUGGAUCUUGUCGCCCUGAUGUGUCGCAAGGUGGCCGUAAGUCGCUGGCCCGUACUUCUCCGGUAAGCCCCUAGCCCUAGGUCUUGUUUAAUGAUGCGCGACAUCGUCCGGACAGGAAUCUUCAUUUCCCUGGAUAGGAUCUUCUGCUUCCGGAGUGGAUUCCUUUGAAUCCUGGCUUUUACGGCUUUGAUGGCUGCUGGAGUCCUUACUUGACGAGGUCUUCCGCUUCUUGGCCUGUCAUCAACAGAGGACGUCUCAUUGUACCGCUGAAUGGUCCUAGACACAAAUUUACGCGAUAUUUGAAGGCCGCGUAAGAGUUCAAAAAUCUGACUAGCACUGUGAUUACACUUAUGUAAAGCUAUCACUGCAAUACGGUUCUCUGCCUUGCCCCACUCCAUCGUUAUGCUUCGAGAGAUCAAUACAAACUGAGGUAUAUGUAAUUACCCGAAAAGCGCUUAAUCAACUGACACCACAAUGUAAACAAUCGGACAAGUAUUAACAGGUCUACACUUGUUUGAAAACGAGGGACAGAACUUAUGGCAUGACUACGUAAUUAUUAGAGUUGUGUAUAUAGUCGUUUUUUCAUCGAGUUUUGUCUUAUGGCGUGUUUGUUAUGAUAAUAAACUUAUAUCACAUUA